AUGUCAGAAGUAAGAAAUGCAUUAAAGGAGGCCAAAAAGGCCAUGAAUAAUGACUUUGAAGCUGUCACAAAAUACUGUAAGAUUGCUUUGAAGCAUGACCGUAAAAACUACAAUGCCUUGCUGUUCUUUGGCCGAGCAUGUCAGGAGCUUGGCAAGUAUGAGGACUCCAAGAAGGCCCUCAUGAUGGCAACACAGAUAGACCCAGACAGUCCUGUAGCCUGGCAAGGAUUGGCUGUGCUCUGUGAGAAGCAGCCAAAUGUUUCCACAAAAGAUGAGACCGCCAUUAUCUUCACUAGACUGAUAGACUUUGUGAAGGAUGAUGAAGAAAAAGUGGACAGCACUUUCCGUAAGUUGGCCAAACUGCACCUAGAUAAUAAUGACCCCAUGGCUGCAGCCGACGUCCUUAGAACACUGGUGGAUAGGCUUACAGGAGAGAAGAGGAUAACAGAAGCAUGGCGAAGUCUUGCACAGACCCUCACAGCAGUCAAUGAUCUAUCCAAAGAACAUAUUCCAAAGCUACAAGAGGCUUUAGAACACAGCCUAAAUGAUUCUGUGUUAGGUGAGAAUGAAACCAACUACCAGAACUACUUGCGGCUUCUGUACCGCACAGGCCAGCGGAUCAAGCUAGUGUUGGCAGCCCAGAACAUGGCCAAGAUUUUUCCCACCUAUCUGCCUUUGGAGUGGAUUUGCCGCAUAUUUGUUGAACUGAAUGCUUACCCCUGUGAAGAACAAGAGUUUCCACUUAGCCAAGAGGAAACCAGUGAGUACAUAAAAAGAUUGCUGAGCAUCAAUAAAAUCCCUUGGGGCAAUCUGGCACAAGGAAUGAUUUACAGCCAAGAAGGCAGGUUGGUGGAGGCCAAGGCACACCUGAGGCUUGGAGCUGACAAUGUCAAGAACAAUCUGAUAGGGUGGGAGUUGUUGCGCUCCAUCCAGGAGGAAAGUAGUGACUGGCCUGGAGUGGAAACAUCCUGUAGGAAAUCUUUGGCCAUUCUCUCUAAUGACAGUAACCCUACAAUACCUGGAGGAGAAGACCCUCAAGCUUAUGGAACUCAGCUAAGGUUAAUGCAAGCCCGGGCUCUGGUCCACAUGGGUCACAAGAACCAUCUCAAGCAGGCAGUCACUAUGCUGGAGGAGUUUUACAAAACUGAUAUAGACUGUGGGCUGCUACUGGUCAGAUCAAGAAUAAAGCUUCUUGAGUUUGACAUAGCUAGUGAAGUUCUGAAGGAGCUGGAAGACAUCUUUGGUUCAAGUAAUCAGCUCAAGUUCCUCACAGCCACCUUGCUGCAUGCUGAAGGAGAGAAGCAGCAGGCCAAGCAGCUACUAGAGGAGAUAGUGAUGGAAGAGCCUGGAUUUGCAGAGGGUCACCUGGAAUUGGGUCAGAUCUACUUUGAGACUGGGGAGAUGAAGCAUGCUCAAAUCUGCUGCAUGAGAGCAGGAAAAUUGAACCCUAAGUUGGCUCAUGCCUUUCUGUACCUGGGCCACUUUUUCCGCCAUGAGGAUAACAUGGAUAAGGCUCUUAAGUGCUAUGAGAAGGCUCUGUCCCUUAGUCCAAGUGAUGAUGAUGCUGGAGCAGCUUUGUCAGAUCUUUACAGGAUUUUAGGAAAAUACGAAGCAAAUAUCCAACUUCUACAACGUGUGACAAGGGAAGGCGGGCGAGCCUCGUGUGGCUGGGCCUGGCUCAGGUUGGGGCUGCACCAUUUGGCCCUCCAUAACCAUGAUCCAGCUAUCCAGGCCUUCCAGUGUGCUCUUACCAUCAACCCAGAUGAUGGUCCUGGUUAUGAGUGCCUUGGAGAUGCAUACUUGGCCCGGGGUGCUUACACUGCUGCUCUCAAAGUCUUCACAUAUGCCUCUCAACUCAAUGUUACUGCUGUCUACCCACGCUACCAGAUUGCUCAUAUCAAACAAAUUGUGGGAGAGAACCUGCAGUCUGUGGAAGACUUUGAAGCUGUGCUGAAAUGGGAGCCCAUGAGACCAGUCCGAGUAGUGUCUCUCGUGGGAUUGGCAGAGGCCCUCCUAGCCAGUGCUAGAAAGCACCAGGAACAGUUCUUCAUGUCCAAUGUCAAGGAUGCAUGUACUCAAGCUAUCUUCUGCCUUAUAAGGGCAGCAAGCAUGAAACCAGACUGCUCCUGCAUCUGGAAGCUCAUGGGAGAUGCCUGUUUAAUGUUGUACCCAGUGCCACCUUCCCUUGCUCCAUUUACUCUUCCUGCCAAGUUGAUGAAUAGAGAUAUACAAGACCUGGAUGAAGUGAUGGAGGUAACUAAGCUACAGGUCCUACAGAUGGGUACCAGGUGCUGUGGUCUGGCCCUACAGGGGAAUCCAGAAGAUCCAUUGCUGUGGCAUGACUUGGGACUGAGUACCUAUCUGCAGGCAAGAGUCCAGGAGGGCAGUUCAGAAGGUUCCAAAGAGGAAGCCACCAUCAGGGACCUGCUGAGCCGCUCCAUCCAGGCCCUUAAGAAAGGCCUCACCCUUGACCCUUCUAGUAGCAAAAUGUGGAGCUCUCUUGGCAUUGUGGCUUCCCAUAAAUGGUCUGGUAACAAUGCAUUGGCACAGCAUUCCCUCAUCAAGUCAUGCCUUUGCCAGCCAUCUGCUGUAUCAUGGACCAAUCUUGGAGCUUUCUACCUGAGCCAUGGUGAGACUCAGCUGGCUCAUGAGGCUUUCUCUCAGGCACAGAACCUGGAUCCUUCUUAUGUCACCUGCUGGGUGGGUCAGGCACUGGUGGCUGAAAGCAUUGGUCACUCUGAAAUGUUUGAUUUGUUCCGCCACACCACCUUACUGGGCAUCCACCUGGAGAGCUGCAUAGGAUAUUCCCACCAUGUAACAGACCUUGCUUGUGAUCGCGCUAAACAGGGUCAGCGGUCUACAGAGGACACUCUAAAGCAGGCAUUACCCCCAGCCACUGACUGCACUGUCUUCUAUACCCGGUCAGUGGAGGAAGAUGCCAUUGGACUCAACAUGGCAGGCCUAACACUGGAGAUGAUGGGACUUUAUAAGUCAGCAACAAGGGCAUAUGAAAUGGCCCUCAGUGCCUUGAAGCAAACACCGGAUGAGUCAGGGAAUGUGUUGGAUGGAGUGCGUGCCAACUUAGGUCGCACCCUCACUGCCCAGGGCCAAGCUGAAGAGGCCAUGGUACACUUCUCAGCCAUCAAGCAACCAGACUACUUUACUCAGUGUGGUCUUGCUUUGGCCAGCUUAAAAGCUGGAAAGUUUGAAGAGGCGUAUAAUGGGUACACAGCUGCCCUCCACUGGCUGGCUCCUGAUGAUUCCCAGAAAUCUCACAUUCUUGUUGCCUUGGCAUCAUUGCAAUACAAGUUCCAGAAUUCAGAGGAAGCUAAAAAGUUGCUCUUCCAGGGAUCACAACUGCAGGGGGCUUCACUGCGGGGUCUGCUGGUCCUGGCAGCCUUGGGCCUGGUACUGGGGGAUGCUGUGCUGACUAAUGCUGCAUUGGCUGAGCUCACUCCACAUCAACACAACAAGGAACACCUCCACAACAUAGCAUUUUUGAGGGCUGCUGAGGCAACAGCAAAGGGUAACAUAAAGGAAGCCAAAUGUAUACUGAGUCGAACAAUCCAUCAGCACCCAUCCAGUGCACCUCUAUGGCGGGCAUUGGCUCAGCACCUUCUCACUCACCUACCCAGUACCAAGCAAUCAAGGGGUUCCAGUAUCAUUUAUGUCACCACUGCUGCUGCAGCCUGUGCUUCAGCAGCAGCCAAGCUAACACAAUCAGCAGGGUUGCAUAAAACCAUCGCUCAGGAUGCUGUUACAAGUGUACUAGCCACUAUUGAGCUGGAGAGGGCCAAGAAGAGUAAGGAGGGAUUAAGUCUGCGACAGGCUCAACGUACUGUCCUCAUGUGUCCAGGCUCCCCUGAGGCAUGGGCCAUGUUCCUUGCAGCUCAAGUUGUAUCAGGACGUGCACAAAGCAAAAACAUCUGUCAGCUGGCUCACAUAUGGUCUCAGAAGGCAUCUCCUGGUGUUUCCUCUUGGCUUAAAACUUUAGCAACAAAUAUGGAAAAUGUUGCAUAAUGGCUGUGAUGUUGCCUUCCAUGUUUUGUUUGUAAACAUUGUUGCUUAUAGUACUUACUCUGAUGCAGUUAUUCAUAUAUUAACACACAUUUAAUCACUUCUGUCAUAUCAAUAUAAUUUUUUGUCAUCUGUGUGAAUCUCUGAGAAAUUAAUUGUUUGCACAUAACUAUGAAAAAUAUAUUGAUGGAUUAUCUCUAUCUGCAGUUAUACUUAUAAAUCACUAAAGUACUGGAAAUUAGUAUAUCUAAGUAAUAACAUUUAAUUUUAAUUUCAUAUUCUGUACUGCAUUACUAGAAAGUUUUGCAUACAGGGUUGAACCUUACUGUCAGUCCAGAGCUGUGAUCAAAUUUAAGUUUUGUUCACAAGAAAGAACUUUAUGUAGACUCUCUCUCUCUCUCUCUCUCUCUCUCUCUCUCUCUCUCUCUCUCUCUCUCUCUCUCUCUCUCUCUCUCUCUCUCUCUCUCUGUGUGGUUUAGACUAACUAUUUUAUUUCACUUAACAGUGAUAAGGCAAAAUGUUUAUUAUUUAUAAUUAUUAUUGUCUUUAUUUAUUUUUUUGGCAUGGUGGCAUUCAUGAAAAGGAGAAUAGAAGGAUUUAGCAUUAAUCUCUGUACUGUAAUUAAUGAUUUAUAGUGCCAUCUAGUUAGGAUCACUUGUAAUAUUUAAAGGAAUUUUUUUUUUUAUUAUUUAUGCAACAAUUUCUUCUCUGUGUGCAACAUCUCAUGUAGAAAUGCAUAGUUUUUAUAACCUAUAUUUCCUACCAGCCAUUGGGGCACCAUAAGACUGUGCACAACUCUCAUUCAAGCAGUAACUGUAAGGGUUCUUAAGACAAUACCAAAAUGUCUAUUCCUGUGUUGACUUAUCCCUAAAUACAUGAAUAUGGAAAGCACAUUCUUCCACCACAAUCACUGUAUCUGAGAUUUAAGUCACUACAGCAUUUAUCCCAGAUGAUCUCAGAGUUAUUCAUUGCCUCAUAGCAGGGAAUAUUGAAAAGUUCUAUUGCUCUUCAGUGAGAAAGAUAUAAGAAUCGUUGCAAAGUAGAGUUAUUGUUUAAAAUUGCUAGAUGAUUAUUUUAACUGCCAAAUCCAUACAAUAUAAAGUGUAUACUGCAAUUAUCCACAUUACCUCUAUUAUCCAAAAUAUACUUCUAUGCAGACAACUGGGGGUAAACAUUGUGUGUGUGUGUGUGUGUGUGUGUGUGUGUGUGUGUGUGUGUGUGUGUGUGUGUGUGUGCUCAUGCACACACUGGAAGUUAUUUUCUUUUGUUGGGGUAUUAGUAUGUUAAAUGCACAUAAGAGAUAUCUGUCCUCAUUAAUUUUGCUUGUAUUGUUUUCCUCCCUUAUAUAUAUAUAUAUAUAUAUAUAUAUAUAUAUAUAUAUAUAUAUAUAUAUAUAUAUAUAUAUAUAUAUAUAUAUAUAUAUAUAUAUAUAUAUAUAUAUAUAUAGUCAUGGUGCCAGCACUGCUUUGUCUGUCAGCACCAAUGCUGUUUUUACUUAGCACUUGGUUACUGUUAUAACUAUUAUCUUCAAAACUACCAAAGAAAGUAUAAGCUGUUAAUGUAUGUAGAUUAAGUAAGACUGAGUUAUCCUAAAGUUGGAAAACUGCUGCUUCUUAAUCCAAAAAUAAUGGAAAUUCAUUUUGUACUUCCCACAGUUAAUGUCCAGAUGACAGGGCUUAAUGUUAUGGUGAUAUGAGCAACAACUAAGGUCUAUUUAUUUUUUACAGAAGUGAGAAUUGCUGUCUUCUGUUGUAUAUGCACUAUGUGCUUUCUUUUGUAUCAUCUCACUCUUCUAUGUUCUUAGGAUGGUGCUUAGCCCACUUAGCCUUGCCUAUGUUUCAUAUUUUCUAAGUGGUGAUUAAGAUUGACAGGUAUAACUGACCAAAUUUGUUAUGGUAUAUAUGAUUGUAGGAUUAACUACAAGACUAUUUUGUCUUUUGUAAUUUUCAAGAUUGCUACCAGCUAUUUGAGGUUGUAUAUUACUUCCUUCAAUUAUGUUGUAACUUUAGGAUGAAUUUGUCAUUUGUUUGUAACACCAUACCUAAGUAACCCUUGUGUUUUAUAUGAACAUGACAUAAUUACGGUUGAACACGAGGUCAUAGCAGAGCAAAAUUUGAACAAAACAAAGCUCAGGUAAACUGAACAAGUGCCUUUGAUUUGUUUGGUCUUCCUAUCAUCAGUUGCUGUGUGGAUGCUUAUAUUUCUUACUUUAAGAGUUCAAGUAUUUACAUCAGUCAGCAACAUGUUGCUCUCUACCACACUAGAAUCUAUAUCUCUUCGUCAUGUCUCUUGUCAAUAAUUUUUCAAUUUGGGACAUGACAUAUAGAAUGGCAUUCAGUUGUAAUAUAUCAUCAGCAUCUUACUCAAAUAUGAUUCAUAAGGUGUUCAAAAUGUGAUGAAUUUAUUGAACUAAAAGAAGUUAGGUUUUGCUGUCUCAAAGGAUCAGAUUACUUAUUUUACUAUUUUCAAUAAAGAAAGAUUUAUUUUUGUAACCAGAGCAAGAUUCAUUUACAAAAUAUUUAGAUUCACAUGCACACACACACGCACACACACACACACACACACACACACACACACACACACACACACACACACACACACACACUGCCAUAUGUCUGUACCAUGACUGCAUUUUGUAAUGUGAAAAGCACUGUACAUUGUAAAGUGCACAACUAAAAUAAACAAUUUUAUUUA